UUUCAAAUAAAGCACAGUUCAUGGUGUGACUUAAUCACCUUAAUCACAGCCACCUGCCAUCGUGCCACGUGGGGCCUGGGUGCCAGGACUGCUAGGCCUCUGCAGCCCGUUUGCUCUCGCCCUCGUCUGACCUGCUGGGAGCUUCACCUGUAAGCCCGUAGUGCCUGGGGUAUCACCAGCACCGCAUGUGCCCAGGGCCUGCCUGAGCCGUGGGGAUCCCUUCCUGCUUCCACCCAGCAGUUCUCUCCUGCUCUUUGCUGAGGCAGAAUGGCUGGGAACAAAUCCCUCGGAGCAGACAUGUUCUUUCUUAGAAGUCUGUGAAGCGAGGCUAGUGUGGGAUGGCCGCUGGAGGCCCGUGGGGGCCUUAUUCCAUGGCUGGUGAAGCCCCUCGGCCCUUCGGUAAGGGGCUCUUGGGCCGUGUCCUGCAGCCUUUCUCCAUCUCUCUCGCGGGCUGUCCCCCUGACCUAGGGGCCCUUCCCCAUUCCCCUCCAUGUCCUUUCCAUCGUCGAAGUCCCAGGAUUGAAGCCUUUCCGAAGGCCUUGCCAUCGGCUUCUCUCGUCGCCAGCCUGAGCAUUCUUCUAGGACUGCAACGGAUGGGCAGGAGCACUGCUGGACAGGAGUCAAGAGAAGGUUCUGUCUUCUCUAUGUUCUGCUGCCUAUCUCCUGGGCCUUCUUGGACAUCACCAAGCCUCAGUCAAGACACGGCCACCACCCUUGCAGUCUUUCCACACAUGGAGGCCUGCUCAGUCCUUCCUGUCCUUAGCCCCGUGGCAUGGCUGAAGUGGAAGGCGAGAGGAAGCCCAGGGAGAAGCGCCGAAGCCCGCUACAAACAGGAUCCCCGUAAGGUGGUAAAGAAAACAUCACUACGUGCCUGGAGGAGACUCAGAGGGAAUACGUACCAGUGUGUCGGGAGGGCGUCCGUCUGAAGGGACAGAGGCUGGGUUUUCUUUUCUUCUUCGUGUCUUUCUAGGACUGUCGCUUACACCGUCUGUUCCCCUCCCCGGCCGUGCGGUGUGGUGCCACCCGUAGGAAGUGUUCAGGAGACAAAUACUGGGUGAGGUCGGAAGUGGAGGCCUCUUGUUUCCUUGGCGGAGAGCUCUGCCUUUGUGAGCUUUCCUCAGUUUGGGUGCGAUGCUGCUGCUGUCCACUGGAAAGUUCUCCAGACACCGCCCCUUCCACCGCCAGAGCACAGGGCUCCAGGGAGGAGGGUGAGCCCGUCACCCGGUGUGGCUGUAUGUCCCUGGCUGAUGAAGGCUCAGCCCUUGUGGCAGGCACCGGGAACCGAUUGGCCACUCGCCCAUGUCCCUCAGCCACGCGGCGUCCUCGUGGGCUGGGACGGUCUGCCCGUUGGUGACGCAGUGGCACUCACACAGGCUCCCUGGGCCUUUCCAGCUGCUCGGUUCGGAAGCGGGGCCGCGUGGACAGCCUGGCUGUGCGUGCCAGUCAGUGCCUGGCUGCCACUGCGCUCGGCCCGGGGCCCUGGCUUCUGACGGGACCAGAGGAGUGAGUGUCCGCAGCCACUCGGCAGCAUGGCAACGGAACCGGAGACAUCCGAGGGGGUGGACGAGUCAGAAGGAAAGGUCUCCGGGGCCCCGGAAAGGGAGAACCACACCAGAACGCCCGACCUCUCUGAGCUCCUGAAGGAAGGGACCAAGGAGGCCCAUGACCGGGCAGAAAACACCCAGUUUGUCAAAGACUUCCUGAAAGGCAACAUCAAGAAGGAGCUCUUCAAGCUGGCCACCACCGCGCUUUACUUCACAUACUCGGCCCUCGAGGAGGAGAUGGACCGCAACAAGGAGCACCCGGCCUUCGCCCCGCUGUACUUCCCCACAGAGCUGCACCGCAAGGAGGCGCUGACCAAAGACAUGGAGUACUUUUUUGGUGAAAACUGGGAAGAGCAGGUGCAGUGCUCCGAGGCCGUCCAGAAGUACGUGGAGCGGAUCCACUACGUCGGGCAGAGUGAGCCCGAGCUGCUGGUGGCACACGCCUACACCCGCUACAUGGGGGACCUCUCAGGGGGCCAGGUGCUGAAGAAGGUGGCCCAGCGGGCCCUGAAGCUGCCCAGCACGGGGGAGGGCACCCAGUUCUACCAGUUUGAGAACGUGGGUGAUGCCCAGCAGUUCAAGCAGCUCUACCGGGCCCGGAUGAACGCCCUCGACCUGAGCCCGGAGGCCAAGGAGAGGGUCGUGGAGGAGGCCAAUAAGGCCUUCGAGUUCAACAUGCAGAUAUUCAGUGAACUGGACCAGGCUGGCAGCCUGCUGGCCAAGGAGGCCCCGAGAGACGGGCUCCCAGCGCACAAUGGGAAGGGCGACAUGCGCAAAUGCCCCUACUACGCCACCGAACACGACCAAGGUGUCCUCGCGGGCAGCAGCUGCCCCUUCCAGACGGCCAUGGCCGUGCUGAGGAAUUCCAACCUCCAGCUCGUGCUUGCUGCCAGUGUGGCCCUGGCUGCCAGCCUGCUGGCCUGGUUUGAGAAAACAAGCAGCCAAUAAAAGCCAGACACUAAAGCCUCGUGUGACUGUCCUCUGUGUGGCCCAGAAGCGGAGGUAAGGAGCAGGUUCACUGCCCUGCAGCCCCCAGGCUGUUGCCACGGAUUGGACUACACAGCUCGGUGCGGCGGGCCUGGGUCCCUGGGGCUCCCACACCUCUGACCCCAGGCAUGUGCCCCCUUCCUUCCUCUGCUGGGUCGUGGCAGGGCGAGGGGGACGUGUGAGACACUGCCCUCCCUCCUGGGGCUGCUUCUGGGAUUGGGGGCAGGGGCCACCAACCUGGGAACACCCUCUGGGCGGCCAUCCUUGCCCUUCUCAACCAGAAACGCCCCGAGAGAGGUCCCUCCAGCUGGUCUCCUCCUCUGCCCAUGGAGAUGCCACAGCACCCAGGAGAGCGAAUUCCACAAGCUUGUUCCCGCCUCUGCCAUGGCCCCGCCCUCAGGGGAGGAGGCCCCAUGGUGCAGGGGGUGCCCGGUGCGGCCCUGCCCACGCCCCCAGCCAGCAGCCCCUCCUGCCUGCAUGUGCUUUGGGGUUCCUACUUUUUAAAAAUGUAUACUUUUAUAAAUAAGGAUAAAAAAGUACAUAUUUGUA